CACAGGCAGAAGCAACUCACUGUAAAGUUGAAUAUACUUAACUUUUUGUAAAAGAAAAAAACAUAACUACCGGAUACAAACAAGAAGAGGACCAGCUACGAUAGUCUUAAAACUUUUUUUUUUAAACUUUUUUUUCCUCAAAACAAGCCACCCGGAACAAAGAACCCGCCGCUUCAAAGAUUUCCUCUCGUUUUUCUCAACAGCCUACAUUUCUGCUUUCCUGCCGUACAAGCUUUAUGUAUUUGGAUUUAUUAUUUCUGUCCCGCCGCCCUACUAUGGUCAUAAUGGAGGUCCCCACCAUCGACUGCGUGUCCCUCCGUGGCUCGUUGGAGGGCGACGUCCCGGCCUGCCUGGUGCUGGACUGCCGCUCCUUCCUGUCCUUCAACUCGUCCCACAUAUCGGGCUCCACCAACGUCCGUUUCAGCACCAUAGUGCGCCGGAGAGCCAGGGGGGGUCUAGGACUUGAGCACAUAGUCCCCAACGAGGACACCAGGACUCGGCUGCUGUCCGGGGAGUACCAGUCUGUAGUACUACUGGACGACCGCAGUUUGGACCUAAGCCAGGCGAAGAAAGACGGCACGUUGAUGCUGGCUGUUACGGCCCUGUGUCGCGACCCCUGUGGAGCUAGAGUUUUUAUUCUGAAAGGCGGUUUUGACACAUUUUCCACAGAGUAUCCAGAGAUGUGUACCAAACCUUCGCCUCCUCAGGGGCUCAGCUUGCCCCUGAGCUCCAGCCAGAGCGCAGACCCAAGCUGUAGUCCAUGCAAUACUCCUUUAUAUGACCAGGGCGGUCCUGUAGAGAUCUUGCCUUUCCUGUACCUUGGUAGUGCUUACCACGCAUCAAGAAAAGACAUGUUAGACAUGCUGGGGAUCACCGCUUUAAUCAACGUCUCUGCCAACUGCCCCAACCACUUUGUGGACUCCUUUCUCUACAAGAGCAUCCCAGUUGAGGACAACCACAAAGCCGACAUCAGCUCCUGGUUCAACGAGGCAAUCGAAUUUAUCGACUCGGUGAGGAAUAAAGGAGGCCGCGUGUUUGUGCACUGUCAAGCAGGCAUCUCCCGCUCCGCCACCAUUUGCCUUGCUUACCUCAUGCGGACCAACCGUGUGAAGCUUGAUGAGGCCUUUGAGUUUGUCAAGCAGCGCCGCAGCAUCAUCUCCCCAAACUUCAGCUUCAUGGGUCAGCUCCUCCAGUUCGAGUCCCAGGUCCUGGCUUCAUCUACCUGCUCCUCGGAGGCAGGCAGUCCGGCCAUCGGCAACAGCAGCACAGUCUUCAACUUCCCAGUCUCGAUCCCUGUGCACACCUCCGCUGGUCAGCUGUCAUUCCUCCACAGUCCCAUCACCACUUCUCCCAGCUGCUGAGGAAGGCGCGGGGAGCAAAGACUUUGUUUGGACUUGAACUCACAAGUGACUCUGCGAAGAGCACUGCACAAAAACACAGUUGUGAUGAUAAUCCAUUUUGUGGUGAUACUGGUAUCACUGGACAGAAUGGGAACUAUUGUUUGUGGUCGGUUUGUUGGACUGAUCAGUGGCCAUAUCUCUCUGUGGCCUGCUCAUUUCAAAGGGAGACACCUACCAUCAGCAGUAUUCAUGUUGUACCUUAAUGUGAAAGCCAUCCUAGGUGAAUUGGGAAGUGGCUGAAGAGGUAGUUGAGAUUAUUCCUGUAGAGGAAGUUAGAAGUAUCUGAAUAUUCUUUAUUCAAAUGACUGAUUUCUUUUUUUUUCUUUUUUUUUUUUCAUCAAGGCAACUGCUUUUGAUAAUCAUAAUCAUGUUUAAGCUAACAAAAUGGAGAGGGCUAACAGUUGUCUCAGGAAUAUUGACUUAUCCUCUUAAGUAUUGCUUUAGUGCUGCUUACAAAAAGCAAUGUAAACUUGUUGCCCGACAUGGCAAUGGAAGUUACACCUUCAUUUGACGAACAAUGAAUGUAUCCCCCUCUUUCCAGUGUAGAAGUGACAGAAAUCUUCAUGUUCGGUUUGAGAGUUAACUGGGUUGCCAAUCAAAAUGCAAAUACCUGCCUUUCAAGACAUCAUGAAACCUUGACGAUCCUGAAGCAUUGGGGAAAUGGACCAUUAAAUACCUCAUGUUUGUGUACUGUGUGCUGCAGCGCUGCAACGGACAGAACCCCAAAUCUACUACAACGGGGACACGUAGGCCUCAGUGUCUGCAUGCUGACAUAUUUAUUGAACUAAAGUAAUAUAUUUCUUUAUCAUAUCUAUUUUUGCAUAUGUUUGUUUAAAUGUUGUUUUUAUACUGUUUAAUAAAUCUCAUUUGACUUUUGUA